AUGGACAAUCCGCCAGCCUCACCCUCUACAGAACCUGUUACUCUCGGCUCCUUCCCGUCAGAGGUCCUUCAACAGAUUUUUUACUUCACGACGCCCACCACGUUCUUUCAACUCAUCCAAGUCAACCGCAAGUUCUUCGGGGUAGCAUCUGAAAGUAGAGAACUCAUCCUGCACCACCUGAGGCAUGUGCCAGGCAGGAAGGUCGGGUUAGACAGCCAGUCGAUCUCGACCGGCGACCUCUUUCUCAUCUUUCGUCAGCGGGCUGCUGCUAAUCUCUAUGGCGCCAACUUCACGGCCGACUGCAGGAAUCUGGAACCCUCACUCAGGAGUCAGGUCAUCUUCGACCCACGAGCUUCAUGCCUCACAUCUGACGGUGAUAGCUGUGUGGUGUUUAGAAACAGUCUACGAAUCAAACUCAAUUUGCAUAGCAAUCCCCUUUAUGGGGCCACCAUCGAGGGCCCCUACGCUGACGGCCGCGCGAGGAUCAUCCAAGCCGUGCAGAAAACAUACCAUGUCUCAGUCUUGUAUGCUUGGGAACAGCCCGAGAAGGAUCCGGUCGAAGACAUCUCUCAUCCUGCGCCAGACAUCCCAAGCAAGCAAUACGUCGACUGGCACAGAGGAGCAUACGAUCAUCGGGACGGCCUCCGGUAUAGAGCCACGCGUGCCACCCCCAAGACUCCUGCCCUGCCAGCUCCCCGGGUCCGCUACCAUCUCCUUCAUUACGACCUGUACCGAAGUGACAAGCCACUCUUCUUUCACAUUCCGACCCACAAGUCAUUGAGCGGCCUUCAUCUCGUGCCUGUUCACCUUGCAGUCCACAAUCGUGUACAAUGUGCAAUUCUGUGGGACCUGCCUGAUACGAUUCGCCCAACAAGUAAUGCUACGGUGUGUCUCUACAGGGGAGAGCACCUUCCCCUCAAUGAACCUGGCAACUACAAUGUGUGGGUCAUCUAUCCUUUCGAUCACCCUGCUCCAAACCAUCGUCCGGGGAUAAAAGUUGGCGACAGGGAAAUCACCCGGGACGAUUCAGACUCCGAGGAUGGUGCGCAGGACAGCAGGGACAGAAACCUAUACACUUACACCCAGAAUCAUCAACCAACCAAUGAUGGUGGUCGUACCCAUGACAACGACGUGGACCUGCGCUUCUUGCACCACCCCUUGAAACCACGCUCGAUCUCAUUCUUCAAGGAUGGUCGCCUCUUGUCGCUCUACGCGCCUGGAUCAACCAUACCAUUCACAACACUACUGGCCAACGAUCCAAUCCGGGCUCGCCUUUACCUUUCUCAUGUAUCGCCUUGGGGCCACAGUACAGGGGGCACACAGUGGCCUCGGACCAUUUGUCGCCGGGUGAGCAAGAUGAAUUAUGCAUGGAUACAUGGACAUCAUUUCACACUAUCUACAGCAUUCUUUAGUAAACACGAUCAAGGUGUCCGAUCCGGUCCCAGAUUGCCCGACCUGGAUGAAUUCAAUCUCAGCAUUGGAUCCGAAUGUGUUACAAACAUGCUUUGCUUGGGCAGUGCACGGAUCCCUUCUUCUAAUAUCCCCGCCGCACAGGGAAGUCUUACUGGCUCUGGUCCAGAAGUGCUCACCAUAGUACAAAUUCGUCUUCGCAAGCAUGUCAACGACUGUUCACACAUUGAUUAUAGAGACAAUUUACCUGUAGGCUUGCCGCGUCCACCCAGGGAGCCACGAAGCCGCAGAAAUGCCACCGAACCAAAUCCUGCACAAGAACUGGACAUUAGUGUCGUCUCAGCGACUGAUCUCACGGCAGAUGAUGGAGCAGGCGGGAAUGAGGUUGUUGAACAUUCGGAACAAGAGGAAGUCCAUUCCGACUCUGACCUUAAUCUGGACCACGGUGCUGCGGACGGCACAGACGUCCGCGUUGUGGCGCGUCUGUGGGGAUGGAAUGCGCAAGCCACGUCUCUGACGGGAUCAGAGACAGUCAAAGUGUCGCCUAUGGGCGAAAGAAUUGCAAUUGCUCAAUGGGACAAGGUGCUCAUUUAUGCAUUAAACCCUGAAGCGCUUUGCGAGAAAGUCUGGGAUGACGGAAAUGGCGGCGAGGAUAUCGACAGUGACAACAGAAGCCAUUCAAGCAGCCACAACGACCCUAGUCACGACAAUGACGUUAUCGAGGAUGACGAGGACAGUGUGGCCAACAUAUCUGAGAGUGUCUAUGCGGAUGAAGGACUCGGCGUCGAUGGUGAUGAAGAUCUGGGUAAUGCGAGUGAAAUUCCCGCCGAUCCAAUCUUGCUUGCCCAGUCUGCUGACGUGCCUUUCUCAUUGCUUUCGGCAAACUCUUCAUCCUUACCAGCACCGGCCUCCGUCAUUUCCAACAAAUCUACUUCAUCGAGAAAUUCGGGGCACUAUUAUCCUCACGUACAGGACGAGAACCUCGGCGGCUCAAUCGCCCUUCUUCGGCCUGUAGUGCUGAAAAUGGACACCGGAGCUGUUGUGCGUAAGAUGUGCUGGGGAACGGGACGCUGGAGGCAUAUUGCCGAGGACCAGGGCGAUAGUAAUGAUGAGGAAAAUGAAGUCGAGGAGCCUGGGCCAGGGGAGUAUGGGGGUCAUCCGACAGACGAAGUAACGGGGCACGCGAAGGACAAGGACAGACAGGCAGGUGGGUUGCAGAAUACGAGUAACGAAAGUUCGCAUCCGCCAGCUUCACCAAGAGCGGACGGUGAGGGCGGCCCAGCUAGUACAGACCUAGAGACGGGCCAUCCACAAGACCAGCCUCGAGUAUCUUCGCCCUCGACGCCCAACCUACCAAUUAACGGGUCCUCAAAUGAGCACUACGCGGAUCCCAACGACCAGAUACCACACAGUGCUGCCGAACAAGCCGUGUCGGCUCCGUUCUCAGACAUGAAGCCCGAUGGACAGAUCCAGCACAUCAACCGUCCGUCAGAACAUGAUACUGACCCUGACAGGCCGAUUUUGACCGACUCCACCUUGAACACGAAUCAAGACACGGACCAAGACUCGGAACGGCAAGCCACUCCAAAAGACGGAGCCGCGCAAGAGGAGUCCACCGUCGUGACAAUUCCAUGCCUGCCUGUCGGCGCGGGAUCCCCAGUAGACUCAACGUCACCAACGCAGCGACGCCGCAUGCGCGAACGCGAACGCGAACGCAAGCCACGUUACAGGAGCGCCGAGAACGAGCUCGUCGUCAUGACCGACAGGGGCAUACAGAUCUGGGAUCUCAGCUGCUGGGGCCGAGGUCUCCGACUCCGCGACGAGCUCCUUUCCAGCGACGGUUUUUUGCAGUGA